UUUCAAUAUUUAUCUGCAUACACGUUGCACAUAUUUUCAAUUGUGCUUGACUUAUAUAGCUAGCUCACUAUAAUUGAUUUCUAGAAUGAACCUUCAUUUUUCUCUUAUGAUAACCAGCUUGUUCGUGUUGGUAUGGGCGGAUGGAAAUAAAAUAAAAGGAACAAAAUUUGCUAUUGAAAGCGGCGAACGGAUCGUUUAUAAUAGUUCAUACACUACAGAUAAGUUUGUUGAAACGAAAGGGAUGUGUGCAAUGAUGUGCACGUUAGAUGAGAAAUGCUGUGCAGCAUGUUAUAAUGACGAAACUUCCAUUUGUCGACUGGAUACAUCUGAGCACUGUUGUGUUGAUACCGAGGUUGUUGACGGAUGGGAAGGUUUGAAAAGAGACAUUACGGAUUCGCCAUGUCCUGGUUGUAUGAGCUACGGAUCGUCGUAUUACAAAAUUAUCGAGGAUUAUAAACCAUGGGAUGACGCCAAGACAAGCUGUGAAUGCUUAGGAGGUAAACUGCUUGAAGCUGAAACGCCACAGGAAAACAAUUUCAUUAAAACUGAACUUCGGACGAGGGCUACAGGAGUUCAAGGCUACUGGAUUGGAGGCUACAAUUUCAAAAUGAAUGGAAAUUUUGAGUGGAUCAGUAAUCAAGAUCAAUUGAUGACAUACAGUGACUUCGGCUUAAAAGACUACCCGAACAUACAAAGAUGUCUCUCAUACUGGAAGAAUUAUGGAUACGCUUGGGGUGAUGGUACUUGUACCAAACCAUUACAUUAUGUGUGUGAAUUUACCAAACAAUAACCAUUAUGUUAUAUGGAGAUUGGUUCUCUUGGUGACGACCCGAACAUACAGAGAUGUCUUUUAUACUGGAUGAAUUACGGAUAUGCUUGGGGUGAUAGUGUUUGUGCCCGUCCAUUUCCUUAUGUGUGUCAAUUUAUCAAAAGAUGAUCAAUUUGUAUAUGAGCAAUGGCUCUUUUGAUGGUUCUUUUAAUUUUCUCUCAUUCACACUCUUUAGGCUGUCUUGUUAAGAAUUGUAUUAUUAUUCUUGAACGAUCUUCUUGAGUAAAUUUGGUCUAUAUAGUCAUCGAAAAAGUUACCAUCUCAAAUCUGGAGUUGAUCAAAACACUAAUUGCUGGAGUCACUGUUGAUGGCAAUAUCUUAGUAUGAAAAAUUUAUGAAGACUCCUCCAAAGUUAAACGACUUAUCAACCUUUUUGAAAUACAAAGUUGUUUGAUGUCUUCUGAUGGGGAUACAAAAGGAGAAUCAUUGUCUGCCAUAACUACUUUUGUUAAAGAUUUUCUGCUUGAAAAGCGUCGAAAAGCCUGUAAAAAUUUUUCUUCUGACAAAUUUGUAACGACUUCAAGGUGUAUCACUCUAGUAGA